GAUGAUGACAUGGCUGAAGCGGAGGAUGAUCCUCUAUCAAAGCUGAUGACAAGAUUACCCAGGUUGAAGAAAGCACCAUUAGAACUAUACUGGGAUUUGCGAGUAUUUGGUCUUCCCCCACAUGUGCCAGUUUAUAUCACAUUAUCUGAUGCAUUGGAGAUGAUUGGGAGAGACCGGAUGUUGAAUAUUUCCAUCAUUCAGCUGUGGUGCAUGUACAUGGACACAAUCGUUGUAGAACAAGGUCGGUCUUCCAUGUACGGAUUUAUUGAACCUCAGACCAUUCAACCGUCUGGUAACACACUUCAAAACAGACAACAAUAUUUGCAAACAUGGAUGGAUGAGUCAAAAAGAGAUGUAUACCUUGUGCCAUACAUUGAUGGCAUGCAAUAGCAGCUGAUGGUCAUCAUUCCCAAAGCAUGUAAAAUUAUAUGGUUUUGUUCGUUGCAUAGGAAGAUGAAAAAUGACUUGAGAACAAUGCUUCAAGGGUAAGUGUUUCUCCAAAAAUGACUUUGAAUUUGAUGUUCACCUUCAACUUUUAUGAUAAAUAUAGUCAUAUUAAUUAUA